AUGGCUUCUUCCUCCGUCCCAGUGUACGAGCCAGCGGUCCAACUUGUCGCCUCCCCGUCUUUUGCUGUUGAUCUAAAUGACGGCGUAGGCGACGAGGUAGGAUCCUUUGAUAUUCUGCCGAACGCUUUAGAGGGCGUUCCACCGGUUGGCGUCGGAGACGGAGUCUUGGGUGAUGCAGAUGAGGACGACGUCGAGCCGGAUACGAUUGAGGAUGACAGCGGCGACGAGGUUAGAGCGACUGGUCCUGCAUUGGCGGGCGGUGGUUCUAGCUCUGGCACACAGCAGUAUCCACCACAUUUUUCCUUAUUGGACUUGGACGCCAUGAGGCAUGAGGGGGACGGGAACUCCAACAUUCUACCAGUCGCAUUCGCCCUAGUGGAGGGUGAGAAUGCAGAGUCCUGGAGAUUCUUUCUCUCGCACUUUCGAGAGCACGUGACCCCGCAGCCCGGUCUGCUGGUUAUAUCGGACAGGCACAACGGCAUCAAGGCUGCGCUUGAGGCCCCUGACGGAGGUUGGUUACCGCCAUCGGCGUACCGUGCAUUCUGCAUACGACACGUAGCGGCUAAUUUUGCCCUUACCUUCAAGGGCAAAGACGCUAGGAGGCUACUAGUCAAUGUGGCGUAUGCGAAGACCGAGGUUGAAUUUGAUUACUGGUUUGAUAUUCUUCGGUCUGAAGACCCAGCGAUGUGUGACUGGGCGAACCGGAUUGACUACUCCUUGUGGACUCAGCAUCGUGAUGAGAGUCGGAGAUUCGGUCACAUGACGACGAACAUCUCCGAGUGUGUGAAUUCAAUCCUCAAGGGGGUCAGAAAUCUCCCUGUAGCAUCCCUGGUGAAGGCAACAUAUUGUAGGCUUGCGGAACUCUUUGUUCGGAAUGGGAGAGAGGCUGAGGCACAGAUAGGAACCGGACAACAAUUCAAGACCACUCCGACUGGUUCUUUCUCCUUGGGUACCUACAGAGUAUCGCUUGCAUCGCGGACAUGUGACUACGGGUACUUCCAGGCACUUUAUUUCCCGUGUCAGCACGCACUUGCAUGCUGUGCCUACUCACGGCUCACCUGGACCUCUUACGUUCACAGCGUCUAUCAGAUUAGCUCGGUGUUCAGUGUGUAUCGGAUGGGAUUCACACCUCCGAUCCCGGAGGGCUUCUGGCCACCUUAUGACGGGCCCACGAUGAUUCCGGACCCUGACAGGAGGCAUGCGAGAGAGGGUCGUCCUAGAUCCACAAGGAUACAGAUGAAUAUGGACGAGGCAGAUCCGAAUCGGCCAAAGAGAUGCAAUGUUUGA